AUGUCCAUCCUUCGUUCCCAAGUUCUAAAUGUCUACAAAGAACUCCUCUACCUCGGAAAAAGUUAUCCUCUGGGUUACAAUUACUUCCGCACACGCUGUCAUAAAGCAUUCUCAAAGAGUGCGGGAUUGACUAAGGAAGAAGAUAUCAAAAAUGCAAUAGCUAGGGCGGAGUAUGUUAAGAAGGAGAUUGAAGCUCUGUAG